AAUCUUCAUACAGGAGAACUGGCUGCUGUAAAAAUAAUCAAGUUAGAGCCUGGAGAUGACUUUUCACUGAUACAGCAAGAAAUAUAUAUGGUUAAAGAAUGCAAACACUGCAACAUAGUCGCCUAUUUUGGGAGCUAUCUCAGCCGUGAGAAGCUGUGGAUAUGCAUGGAAUACUGCGGUGGAGGAUCCCUCCAGGACAUUUACCAUGUGACAGGACCUCUGUCAGAGCUGCAAAUUGCUUAUGUGUGCAGAGAAACUCUUCAGGGUCUUGCUUAUUUGCAUAUGAAGGGCAAAAUGCACAGAGAUAUAAAGGGUGCAAAUAUUCUCCUAACAGACCAUGGAGAUGUCAAAUUAGCUGACUUCGGGGUAGCAGCAAAAAUAACAGCCACCAUUGCGAAGAGGAAAUCAUUUAUUGGCACCCCUUACUGGAUGGCCCCUGAGGUGGCAGCAGUGGAGAAGAAUGGUGGCUACAACCAGCUCUGUGACAUCUGGGCUGUCGGCAUAACGGCCAUUGAACUGGCAGAGCUCCAGCCACCCAUGUUUGACCUUCACCCCAUGAGGGCUUUGUUUCUAAUGUCAAAAAGCAAUUUUCAACCACCAAAGCUAAAGGAAAAAGCAAAAUGGUCAGCAACAUUCCACAACUUUGUGAAAAUAGCACUUACAAAGAAUCCAAAGAAGAGGCCAACAGCUGACAGACUGCUUUCUCAUGGCUUUGUAGGGCAGCCUGGCCUGUCAAGGUCUUUAGCAGUUGAGCUGUUGGACAAAGUCAAUAACCCUGACAACCACACACACUACAGUGAAGUUGAUGAUGAUGAUUUUGAGCCUCACUCCGUUAUCCGGCACACAAUCCGUUCCACCAACAGGAACAUCAGGGCAGAAAGAACAGCAUCAGAGAUCAACUUUGAUAAGCUGCAGUUUGAGCCUCCUCUGAGGAAAGAAACCGAAGCUCGGGAUGAAAUGGUAAGCACGAGUGGCAGUGACUUUGCUUCACAUUGGAAUCCUUUUGUUGAUGGUGGAAGCAGUGGAAAGUCAACCCUGAAGCGCGCUGGGCCUCCUCCACUGCCUCCCAAGCCAAGAAUAAACAGUUAUCCUGAGGAAAACCUCCCAGAUGAUGAGAGGUGUCAGACAAUAAAACACUUCCCAGACUCUCAGAACAGAGCCCCAGCGGCCCACAGAAGACAGAGUAUCCCAGUCUGUGGACCUCAGGCUGAUUCCUGCCCUGUUGGAAUGACCAGCAGCAUCAGCAAUGGGAAUGGAAUGCUGAAACUCAUCGAGGAAAAUGCAGAAGGGCCUGGACAAAUCCCUCAGCUGCCACGGAAAAAGGAGAAAAGAGAUUUCCCUAAACCAGCCAUCAAUGGUUUGCCUCCGACUCCGAAGGUGCUGAUGGGAGCCUGUUUUUCCAAAGUCUUUGAUGGUUGUCCUUUGAAGAUUAAUUGUGCCACAUCCUGGAUACAUCCCGAUACUAAAGACCAGUACAUCAUCUUUGGCACAGAAGAAGGGAUCUACACUUUGAAUCUGAAUGAACUUCAUGAAGCAACAAUGGAACAGUUAUUUCCCCGAAAAUGCACCUGGUUGUAUGUCAUCAACAACACCUUAAUGUCCUUGUCAGAAGGGAAAACCUUCCAGCUUUACUCCCAUAAUUUAAUAGCUUUGUUUGAACAAGCCAAAAAAACAGGAUUAGCUGCUCACAUUCAAACCCACAGAUUUCCUGACAAAAUAUUACCAAGGAAGUUUGCCUUAACAACCAAGAUCCCUGACACAAAAGGAUGCCACAAAUGCUGCAUAGUACGAAAUCCGUACACAGGCCACAAGUACCUGUGUGGUGCAUUGCAGUCUGGAAUUGUGCUGCUCCAGUGGUAUGAGCCAAUGCAGAAAUUCAUGUUAAUAAAGCACUUUGAUUUCCCUCUGCCAAGCCCUCUGAAUGUGUUUGAGAUGCUGGUGAUCCCCGAGCAGGAGUACCCAAUGGUGUGUGUGGCCAUCAGCAAGGGCACAGAGCCAAAUCAGGUUGUGCAGUUUGAGACAAUCAACUUGAACUCUGCUUCCUCCUGGUUUACAGAAAUUGGUGCAGGCAAUCAGCAGUUAGAUGCCAUCCAUGUGACUCAGCUGGAAAGAGACACUGUCCUGGUCUGCCUGGACCAAUUUGUGAAAAUAGUGAAUUUACAAGGGAAGCUGAAGUCAAGCAAGAAAUUGGCCUCAGAGCUGAGCUUUGAUUUCUGCAUUGAGUCAGUGGUGUGCCUUCAGGACAGUGUGUUGGCCUUCUGGAAACAUGGCAUGCAGGGCAAGAGCUUUAAGUCAGAUGAAGUGACCCAAGAGAUAUCAGAUGAGACCAGAGUUUUCCGCUUGCUGGGGUCAGACAGAGUGGUUGUGCUGGAGAGCAGACCCACGGAGAACCCCACGGCACACAGCAACCUCUACAUCUUGGCUGGACACGAAAACAGUUACUGA